AUGAGUAGCUCGAAAGAAAGCAAAACCAUUGCCUUUGGUCGUGUGGGUAGCAACUUGCAAAUCGGUAUUGUCGGUCUUCCUAACGUUGGAAAGUCAACCUUCUUCAACAUUUUGACCAACUCUCAAGUACCUGCUGAAAACUUCCCUUUCUGUACCAUCGAUCCAAGUACUUCCCGUGUUGCUGUGCCUGAUGAUAGAUUUGACUGGUUGGUGAAUCACUGGAAGCCAGCCAAUAACGUACCAGCUGUCUUGAACGUUACUGAUAUUGCUGGUUUGGUCAAAAACGCUUCCGAAGGCGAGGGAUUGGGUAACGCUUUCUUGUCUCACAUCCGUGCCGUUGAUGCCAUCUUCCAUAUGGUUAGAACUUUUGAUUCCAAGAAUAUUACUCACGUUGAAGGAAGUAUUGAUCCAGUGAGAGACAUUAAGAUUAUUGAAAAUGAAUUGAUCAAAAAAGAUAUUGCUUACUUGGAAAAUAUUAGAGGUCCAACUGAAAAGCUUGCUAAGCAAAAGAAAGAAAAGAAGGAUGAAUUAGACGCCAUUGACAAGGCUCUUGCAAUGUUGAAAGAAGGAAGAGAAGUUAGAUUCGGAGAUUGGACUGGAAAAGAAAUUGAAAUUUUGAAUCCUCAUCAAUUGUUGACAAGCAAGCCAAUGAUUUACCUCGUCAAUAUGACUCCAAAAGACGUAGUUGACCCAGAAAAGAAUGAAUACAUUAUCAAAAUCAGAGAGUACGUUAAUUCAAAGGGAGAACCAGAGCCAGUCAUUCCAUACAGCGCUGCCUUCGAAAAGAAAUGGCAAGAAACUGAUGAAGAGAAAAGACAAGAGCUCAUUAAGAAGGGAGUGACUUCCAAGCUUCCAGAAAUUAUCAAGUGUGGAUACAAGACUCUUGACCUGAUUUACUACUUUACUGCUGGAGAGGAUGAAGUGAAAGCUUGGACAAUUAAGCGAGGAACAAAAGCUCCACAAGCUGCUGGUAAAAUUCACUCUGAUUUCGAAAAAGGCUUCAUUUGCUGUGAAGUUAUGAAAUUCGAGGACUUUAAAGAACUUGGAAGCGAAGUUGAGUGCAAGAAUGCCGGAAAGCUCAAGGAAAAGGGUAAAGUCUAUGAAGUAGAGGAUGGUGACAUUAUUUUCUUCAAGUUCAACGUUGCUGGAGGUGCUAAGAAGAAGUAA